CCUGUACCUGACUGCCCAUUCUGGAGGCUUCCAGACAGCCCAGUUAGUGCCCAAGCCUGAGAGGAUGGCUUCAGAUGGAGCACCUGCAUUGCCGGGAUCGGAUAUGACCAUGAGACCUGGUGCCGCCCUAUCUCCUUUUACUACGCUCUCCUUUCCCCCACCUGCUCCUGGUCCUCCAGACCAACCACCCUGGGAGCCACCUCCACAGCCUCCCAUGCCUUCAGCUUUCUCUUCAGGCAACCCUCUGGUUCUCUCUGCUUUCCCCAGCCCACUGUUGGUGACAGGGGAUGGGAGCCCUGGCCCCAGUGGGGCUGGGACUGGCAAAGUCAUUGUCAAAAUCAAGACAGAAGGGGGGCCAGCUGAGUCCUCUCAAGCUCAGAAUUUUAUCCUUACCCAGACUGCCCUCAAUUGGAUUGCCGUAGGCACUCUCUGUGGGGGCCCUGAGGGUCCUCCACCUCAAUUUGUGACGUCCUCUAGUGUGAAAACCAUUUUGCCCACUAAGGCUGCAGGGGUAAGCCAAGAGGGUCCCCCAGGCCUUCCUCUUCAGGUUCCGCCACCAGCUGCCCAACUCGCCCCCAUUGUGCCUCUGGAAAAUGCUUUGCCAGGGCCACACAGGACAACUGAGGAAGGAGGUCCUACAGCCACCCAAUCCAAGCCUUCACUGGGUGACCUCUCCUAUGCUUCCAAUGGUGUUUAUGAGAACUUCCGUCGCUGGCAGCGCUACAAAGCCUUGGCCCGGAUGCACCUAUCCCAAAGUCCUGAUGCAGAAGCUCUUUCCUGCUUUCUUAUCCCAGUGCUUCGUUCCCUGGCCCGGCUGAAGCCCAGUAUGACCCUGGAGGAGGGACUGCCAAGGGCCGUGCAGGAGUGGGAGCACACCAGCAACUUCGACCGGAUGAUCUUUUAUGAGAUGGCAGAAAAGUUCAUGGAGUUUGAGGCCGAGGAGCAGAUGCAGAAUGCACAGCUGAUGAAUGGGUCCCAGGGCCUGUCUCCUGCAGCUCCUUUGAUACUUGAUUCUCCAGGGCCCCCAGCCCCUAGGAUUUGCCAGCAGCCCGUGUACAUUCCAAAAAAGCCAGCCUCCAAGGCACGGGCCCCACGCCGGCGACAGCGCAAAUCCCAGAGGCCUCUAGUUCCUGAGACACCCAAGGAGAUCCCACCAGAAGCCGUGAAAGAGUAUACUGACAUCAUGGAAGGGCUUGUGGGGAGUCGCUUGGCCAUUGGGGAGUCAGAUGGAAAAUGGGAAGAGGAAGAGCAGCAGCAGGUGGAGGAAGGGAUGUACCCAGAUCCAGGUCUCCUGAGCUACAUCGAUGAACUGUGUUCUCAGGAGGUCUUUGUCUCCAAGGUGGAGGCUGUCAUUCACCCUCAAUUUCUGGCAGAUCUGCUGUCCCCAGAACAACAGAGGGAUCCCUUGGCCUUAAUUGAGGAGCUGGAGCAAGAAGAAGGACUCACUCUUGCCCAGCUGAUCCAGAAGCGACUCCUGGCCUUGGAAGAAGAGGAGGAUGCGGAGGCGUCUCCAAGUUGCUGUGGAGCUCAAUCAGAGUCAAGUCUUUCUGUUUCUGAUGAGGAUGAAGAUGGGGGUGGGCGGCUUCGGCCCUCACCUGGGCCUUGCGGGGUUGGGGCUGCUGUUUGCCUUGGAAAGGCUGCUUCUCCAGGGAAGCGGGCAAGAGAAAGGCAUUGUGUGAAGGAGCGUGCCCUGGAUGGCCCAAGGGUGAUGUACAGGGGUGAGAACACUCUGUCAUCCUGCAGCAGCCGGGACUUGCAGCUACAACUUGCAGCUCCACAGAGAACUCAGGGACCCACGGGUAUUGAGAGAAGAGGGUCUGGAAAGGUUAUAAACCAGACAUCUCCAUAUCAGGAUGGCCACCUGGGAGGGGCUGGGUCCCCUGGGCACCACCUGGUGGCUGAUAGGACUUCAGAGAGUCUGCCCCUUUGCUGGCAGAAAAGCCUCCAGACUGAGAGAACUCCCAGUUUGGACGCUGUACUUGCAGAACUGGCUCCUCUGCAAGGACAGGGGUUAGAAAAGCAGGUCCUGGGGCUGCAGACAGAACAACAGAUGGGGAGUCCUGGAGUGCUUCCUUCAGGGAAGGAGCCUUUAACAGUGCCCCCGGAAGGCUCUUCAGGAGCCAUGUGGGGAGAUGACAGAGGGCCUCCCAUGGCUCAGAGUUAUGAUCAGAUCCUUUCCCCUGGAGCAGCCAGGUACGGGGACGGGGCCUCUCUCAGCCCAGGACUUUGGCUGAGCAGUGAGAUAGCUGCUGUAGGCUUGGAGUUGCCUUUACAAAUUGAAGAGGUCAUAGAGCGCUUCCAAGAUGGAGAAUAUAUAACUGAGCACCAGAGAGGCUGCCAGGCACUGGGCUGCAGAAGCAACAUUUCCUUGGGUCCUGGAGAAACCAUAGCACCUGGGGAUGUGGGGAGCAGUGGGAUUCCCUGCAAAGGCACAGAUACCACAGCCACCCUAGAAAAGAGAAACUACUGCAGCUUGCCAGGACACCUGAGGGCCAACACUCCGAACUUGAGGCCCAAAGAAAAUAGAGAACAGAGUCCUGAGACCAUACAGGACCCCAGUGAUGUGUGGGCUGAAGGUUGCUCCCCAUUGCUGGAAAGCAGAGUUGGUGCUUCAACACUGGGGUCUUCCAAAGAAACCCUCCUGCCCAUAUGCCAAGGCAGUCUCCUUAUCUUGGGGACCCAGGGUGCCUCCUUCUCAGAGGCCAGCCAAGAGGCAGGGAGCAGGGGCAAUUAUUCUCCUCUGUUGGAAACCAUAGAACAUGUCAACAUACUAGAUGUUAGAAAUGACCUUGACCUCCAUCUAGGGAUCAGUGAGGAUACCCACCCACCAAAUUUUAAUUCUUAUGACCCCCAAGGAGAGGGCAGGGAGGAUACUGAUCUAUCCAAGCCUAAAGACCUUGCUCCUUUACAAGGGGAUCAAGAGUCUUACACACUGGGGACACCCAAAUCAACAUCUCCUCACCAGUGCCUUGGAAGCACUUCCCCAAGAUGGGACACCAGUGAUGCCUCAGUUCUGAGACAAACUUCUCCUGUUAGAGAAACACAGAGCUCAGCAGAUGGGACCAAAGGAAAGGAGAAAGAAGAGGAGGAGGAGGAAGAUGAGGAACUCUCCAACUUUGCCUCCCUCUUGGCCUCUAAACUUAGCCUGUCUCCGCGGGGGCUUCCUCUGGGUCCUCACCAUGCUGCGGGAGGCUGGGGCAUCCCCAGAGCAUCUUGCCCCCUCUCUACUGAGACAAGAGGCCUUGGGCAACCUCAGUUUCCUAUUGCCAAGUCUGGGAAGCAAGCUCUAGUUGGAGGUCCAGGCCCUGCUGAAAAGAGACCCCAACCAGGAGCUCAACUCAGGGUCUCUGGGGAGAAACCCCUGGCUAUGGGAGUGGUUCAACCCGCACAGCCUCGUAAAAGGCGGUGUGAUAGUUCUGUCAUGGGCAGAAGGAAGAAACAACGUCGUAGCCAGUAGGAUCAUCCUCCCCCACAUGCCAGUCCCCAGAGCAGAUUUCACCCUUGCUGCUCACCAGUGGAGAAUCAGCCUC